UUAUGCUAAGCGUAAGCACUACCGGUGGCGUAACAUUACUCAAAUCCCUCAACUUCAAACAUUCCAAUUGAAUGAAAUAAAUGACGAUUGUUGACAAAACCGCGAAAACGAAACUGCGAAUCUAAUGGCGCCACCAGAGAGACGCCGUUAAAAUCUGAGCCUUAUGAUGACCUGGCAGCAUGCGUGGCAUCCUUCAGCGUCAACCUGACGAAUAGUAAGGCGCCAGAUUUGCAAAAGGGUCCCUCAGUUUGCGCCAAAUUUUAGAAACUUUUUUCUCACUAUGAGUCUUCAUCAUUACAAACCCACCGCACCCUCCGAGUGGACUCGUUGACUCGCCCAAACUGACUCGCUAACUCGCUCGCUUGCCGUGUAAUCCAAUGGAGCUUCAUCACUCGCCGCCUUAUCGCUCUUAAUCUGGAAAAAACUGAAAGUAAUUCAAUCUCAAAAAUAUAAUUCUUUUUUCUUUUAAAUAUUAUUUUUUUCUUGUUGUAUUCGAUUGAAAGAAAUGAUGAAGUAUGAGAAUCAAGACGACGGCGAUGCCGGCCUUCACGAAUCCCAAGACGAAAUGGAAUCACUGCCGCUCGACGAACCAUCCGUCGUCAGCGGCGGGGCGACUCCCACCCCGGGCCGCGAGCCGACCGGCCGGACUACUUUCUACACGUACCUGAUCACGAUGAGGACGAACAUUCAAGGUUUCGGAGGAUCCGAGUUCAUAGUGCGGCGGCGGUUCAGGGACGUGGUGGCGCUGUCGGAGCGGUUAUCGGAGACGCACAGAGGGUUUUUCGUCCCCGUACGACCGGAUAAGAGCGUGGUGGAGAGCCAGAUGAUGCAAUCGGAGCAGUUCGUGGAGCAGCGGAGGGCUCAAGUGGAGAAGUACCUGAACAAAUUGGCGGCGCACCCGGUGAUUCGGAGGAGUGAGGAGCUUAGAGCGUUUUUGAUUACCAGAGGGAGGGUUUUGCAGCUUCCGAAGAGCGUGGACGUGUCGCCGAAGCAGCCUUCGGUUGUGGCGGCGGAGGGGAGAACCGGCGGGGACUUGAUGAGGAUGUUCAAGGAGUUGAGACAGUCGGUGGUGAAUGACUGGGGAAGAGUCAAGCCUCUGGUUGUUGAGGAAGAUAAGGAGUUCUUGGAGAGGAAAGAAUGGCUCUUGGAGUUUGAGCAACAGCUUAGCAAUUUGUCUCAACAGGCUGAGGCUCUGGUAAAAGCUCAGCAAGACAUAGGAGAGACAAUGGGGGAAUUGGGGUUGGCAUUUGUGAAAUUGACCAAGUUUGAGACGGAUGAAGCCGUUUUCAACUCACAAAGAGUAAGAGCCGCUGAUAUGAAAAACGUGGCGACUGCUGCUGUUAAAUCCGGCAGAUUAUAUAGGGAGUUAAAUUCGCAGACGGUUAAGCAUUUGGAUAAACUCCACGAUUAUCUAGGAGUUAUGUUAGCUGCCAACACUGCAUUUUCGGAUCGAUCAAGUGCUUUACUUACAGUUCAGACUCUGUCAACCGAGCUAACUUCCUUGAAGUCUAGGAUUGAGAAGCUUGAAGCUGCCUCGUCCAAAAUAUUUGGUGGGGACAGAUCAAGGAUGCGCAAGAUAGAGGAGUUAAAAGAAACUGUCAGACUUACUGAGGAUGCAAAAUCUUCUGCUGUAAGAGAAUACGAAGGGAUCAAGGAACACAACAGAAGCGAGCUUGAAAGGCUUGAUAAAGAAAGGCAUGACGACUUUAUGUGCAUGUUGAGAGCUUUUGUACUUAAUCAGGCAGGAUAUGCAGAGAAGAUGGCAAAUGUGUGGGAAAAACUCACGGAGGAGACCGGUGAAUACGCUAGAGAAGGAAAAUCUGUUAACUUUUAACUGUCAAUCUUUGCUAUCAGCUUUUCCAUUGUUUUCUUCUCUCUAAAUGUACGUAUACCAAUACAAGUUACAAAUUGACAUCAAAUUGUUGUGUACUCUAACAAGUUUUACUAAUACCAGCAAGAGUUUGCGCCUUGCGGGCAAUCAAUCAUUCAAGCGAAAAUAAAAGGGUAGCCUAUACGACUAUAUUGUAAUUCAAACCAUCUUUUCAUCUACAGGUU